AUGGCAGGCGAGGGGCGGCGGGCGGAGCCGGAAAGGGAAGGAUGGGUGCUGUACGUCACGCCCAGGGCUCCGCUACGGGAGGGAAGGCCCCGGCUCGCCCCUCAAAAUGGCGGCAGCAGUGACGUGCGUGCGUACGGAACUCCUACACCGUCGCGCCACGGCCGGCGGGAAGUGAGGUUCUCAGAAGAGCCGCCCGAAGUGUACGGCGACUUCGAGCCCCGGGCGGCCAAAGAAAAGGCCCGGGUGGGAAGACAGAUUCCGCUAGAAGGGUUCCGGCCCGAUUCAGCGAAAGAGGAAGUGAGAGAAAGCGCCUAUUACCUUCGGUCUCGGCAGCGAAGGCAGCCCCGACUCCACGAAGCCGAGGAGAUGCAGACGCGGAGAGCUACUCGCCUCCAGCAGCAGCUGCACUCGCCGCCGCCUCCGAUACGACCGUCUCCGGUUACCACCAGAAGAGGAUUACGGGACUCCCAUUCAUCCGAAGAGGAUGAACCACCUUCACAAACUGUUUUAAGCCAAACGGUCACAAAGAAAGCUAUCAGGAGAACACAAGAGACUCCAGUGAUGAGUGAAGAUCCUGUAAUGAGUCUGUGUAGACCCCCUAUAAGAAGCUCAAGAUCUGAUUCGGCACACAAAACAAAUGGAAAUACUAAAAUGAGUGAAUUAGAAGCUGCCAGUGUCCAACAGAAGGUCAAUUUCUUGGAAGAAGGGGAAACUGAGGAAAAUGAUCAAGACAGCUCUGGCGGUGAUGUUACUGUUAAGGUCACAUCCGGGGAUUCUGUUGAGUCUGGAGACCAAACCACCAGAUCAUCAAGUCAAUAUAAAGAAUCACUUUGGCAUUCAUCACAAAGUGGAGACUUCACAGUGUUUGAUAAGCAACCGUUAAUGCAAAGCUCAGGAUAUCAGAAAACUCCUCAGGAAUGGGUUGAACAAACCACAAGAAUAAGGACUAGGAUGCAAACAUCAUCACCAGGCAAGCGUUCAAUAUAUGGCAGUUUUUCAGAUGAUGACAGUGUUCAGAAAUCAGAGCUUGGAAACCAAUCUCCAUCAACCUCCAACCAACAAAUGACUGGGCAACCCAAAAGUGCAUCUUCUGUCAAGACAAAGUGGUAUUGGCCCCUUGUUGUGAUAGCCGCUCUUCUCAUUGGGAGUUUUUGGUAUACUCGUCCUCCUGAAGCAGAAACCACUGCUGUUCAAGAGUUCCAGAACCAGAUGAAACAACUGAUGAAUAAGUACCAAGGUCAAGAUGAGAAGCUGUGGAAAAGGAGCCAAACGUUCCUGGAAAAACAUCUUAAUGGUUCCCAACCUCGGCCUCAGCCUGCGAUUUUGCUGCUCACUGCAGCCCGAGAUGCUGAAGAAGCACUCAGGUGUCUGAGCGAACAAAUCGCUGAUGCCUACUCCUCCUUCCGUAGUGUUCCUGCCAUCCGGAUUGAUGGUGCCGGCAAAGCUACUCGAGACAGUGAUACUGUCAAAGAAGAAGUAGAUCAGGAACUGAGCAAUGGAUUCAGAAAUGGCCAGAAUGCAGCUGUGGUCCACCGCUUUGAAUCACUGCCUGCAGGCUCUACUUUGAUCUUCUAUAAGUAUUGUGACCAUGAAAAUGCAGCCUUCAAAGAUGUAGCGUUAGUCCUAACUGUUUUGUUGGAGGAGGAGACGCUUGGAACCAGUCUAGGCCUAAAGGAAAUUGAAGAAAAAGUGAGAGAUUUCCUCCAAGUCAAGUUCACCAACUCUGACACACCCAACUCCUACAAACAUAUGGACGCAGACAAAUUGAGUGGACUCUGGAGCCGUAUUUCUCACUUAGUCCUGCCUGUACAACCCGAAAAUGACCUGAAAAAGGGCAUCUGCUUUUAA